AAUCUGACGCUCCCUUCAAUUCCUCUCCAUUACCAUUAUUAGAGAUCUCUCUCUCUCUGUCUUUCUCUGUCAAUGUUAUCUCCUCUGCACCAACUUCAACGCAAAAUAGACCCAAAAACCGACAAAAGCUCCCUAUUCUCUUGAAAAAUUCAUUACUUCUAAAGAUGGAUGUUGUGGGUGGCUGAUGAAUCUUCUUCUCUAGCAUGACCUUUAAUGAUACAGAGAUGUUUGUGAGAAGAAACAACAUUAAUUUAACUACUAACAUUUGUAGAAGCAAAGCCAUUGGUAUGGAACAUGAAUUAGAUUGUGUUGGACAUCAAGAAGUGGUCACUGCAAUCUCAUUCUUCUCCGCUACAUUGUUUAUUCCUUUGUCUUUGAAAAUCACUAUACGUAACGGGUUUCACGAAACUCUUUAGUAACAUUUUCCAUACACAAAACACGUAAAUCUUAGUUUAGAGAAUUUUUCUUGAGAAAGGGAGAUUUAGCUAUCUCUCUCUGUUCAAGAAGAUUAGUGGAAAGAUGCAAGCGUUUGCUUUAAGUGGGAAGAAAAGGAUUGUGAAUCACGGAAUGUGUUACUCGAAAGGGAAUCUUGAUAUCGGUUCACGGUUGUCUGAGAACUUCAUGGAUGAUCCUUUGAUCCCUGGAUUGCCUGAUGAUGUUGCCAAGCAGUGUUUGGCGCUUGUCCCGCGUGCUAGGUUCCCUUCUAUGGGAAGUGUAUGCAAGAAAUGGAGGUUUGUUGUUCAGAGCAAAGAGUUUAUUACAGUGAGAAGACUUGCUGGUAUGGUUGAGGAGUGGCUAUAUGUCUUAACGACGAAUGCUGGAGGGAAUGAUAGCCAGUGGGAGGUGAUGGACUGUUUGGGACAGAAGCUAUCAUCUCUUCCACCAAUGCCUGGUCCUGUAAAAACAGGGUUUAAGGUUGUUGUGGUUGAUGGGAAACUUCUUGUUAUUGCUGGUUGUUCUAUGAUCAAUGGUUCUCUUGUUGCAUCUGCUGAUGUUUAUCAGUAUGAUACUUGCCUCAACAGCUGGAGUAGACUAGCAGACCUGGAGGUAGCGCGAUAUGAUUUCGCUUGCGCUGAGGUGAAUGGACUUAUUUAUGUGGUGGGAGGUCACGGGUUAGACGGUGAUAGUCUGUCUAGUGCAGAGGUGUAUGAUCCUGAGACGGGCAAGUGGACAUUCAUAGAGUCUCUGAGGCGUCCUAGAUGGGGUUGUUUCGCUAGCGGAUUCAACGGGAAGCUUUACGUGAUGGGUGGGAGAUCCAACUUCACAAUUGGUAACUCAAAACUUCUUGAUGUGUACAACACUCAAUGUGGCUCCUGGCAUGGCAGCAAAAACGGUUUAACUAUGGUCACAGCUCAUGUUGAAGUAGGAAAAAAGCUGUUCUGUAUUGACUGGAAGAACCAAAGGAAGAUGUCAGUGUUCAAUGCAGAAGAUGAGACCUGGGAAGUGGUGUCUCUUCCACUAUCAGGAAGCUCGAGGACCGGGUUUCAGUUCGGUAAGCUGAGUGGGAAGCUUCUGCUAUUUUCAUCUCAGGAAGGAACAGGUCACAACACUCUACUAUAUGACCCGAAUGCUGCAGCAGGCACACAGUGGAAAACAUCUGAGUUAAAAUUGUCUGGUUCGUGCGUAUGCAGCGUCACAAUCACAGCCUGAUUGAUGAACUUUAGUGAUGCCAUUGUGUUGGUUACAUUUCUUCAUAUGAUCCAAAAGCAAAGAGAGCAUUGUCUCUUUUAAGUUGAUAAUGAUAAACACUGAUUUAAUAAAGUGGAGAGUGUUCUGUUUCAGUGUUGUUGUAAUUUCUCCUCAGUUUGUUUCUUGUAACAUAUGCGUUUUGAUUGAUUUCAUUUGGAGUUUGUUUAAAUGCAAUUCGCGUUUCGUUGGCAAA